AUGACUGAAUCCUUCGCAUUUAACAUUGCUGGAAGGGUCCUUUUCCAACUCGGCAAUAUUGCGUGUCAAGAAAUUCUCCAAGCUUGGGGAGUUCGGAGUGACCUUGAAAAGCUUAAGAAGACGUUAACUACUAUCAGAGCAGUGCUUUUAGAUGCUGAAGAGAAACAGGCUCAUGACGCUCAGCUGCGGGUUUGGUUACAAGAGUUGAAGGAUGCCUGUUAUGACGCAGAAGAUGUAUUGGAUGAAUUUGAAAUUGAAGCAUCGCGGAAGCAACUUCUGAAACAGAGGAGCAUUAGAAAGAAGGUAAGCCAUUUCUUUUCAGCCUCAAACCCACUUGUUUUCCAAUUUAGGAUGGCUCAUAAGAUUAAAAAAAUUACUGAGAGGUUUGGUGAGAUUGCUGUUUUGAAAAAUAAUUUUCAUCUCAAGAAAAGGCAUCAUGGCCGUAGGCAUGCGCUGCUGUUGGACAGGGAGACUCACUCCUUUGUGCAGGCAUCAGAGGUCAUUGGCAGAGACGAAGAGAAACAAAGAAUCAUAAAAAUGUUGAUGAAAGAUGUUCCAGCUGAUGAGGAAGACAUAUCCGUCCUUCCCAUAGUUGGAGUUGGAGGACUUGGGAAGACCGCCCUUGCGAAGUUGGUGUUCAAUGAUGAAAGUUUAGAUAGUCAUUUUGGGUUGAAACUCUGGGUGUGUGUUUCAGAUGAUUUUGAUCUAAAACGGUUAUUGGUUAAGAUCAUUAAAGCCGGAAAAGGGGUUGAUGGAGACCUUGGUAACAUGGAUUUGGAGCAAUUACAAAAGGUCUUACGAGACUGCUUGAAUGGUAAAAAGUACUUACUUGUUUUAGAUGAUGUCUGGAAUGAUGACAAUAGAAAAUGGCAAGAACUGAAACAGUUGUUAGUGGGAGGUGACAGUGGAAGCAAAAUUGUAGUCACCACUCGUAGUAACCGAGUUGCAAAGAUCACAGGCACAAUUCCCCCACAGCAUUUGGAAGGUCUUCCUUAUGACAAAGCUUUGUCUUUGUUUCUCAAAUUUGCAUUCAAGAAAGGGGAAGAGAAACAACAUCCAAACCUUGUAAAAAUUGGAGAAGAAAUUGUUGAGAAAUGCAAAGGGGUUCCUUUGGUUUUGAAGACAUUGGGGAGUUUACUUUUCUCUAAAACUUCAGAGAACGAGUGGAGACUUGUAAAAAAUAGCGAGACUUGGGAAUUAAUGGAAAAGGAAAAUGAAAUAUUUUCUGUUCUAAAACUAACUUAUGAUCAAGUGUCUCCUCAUUUGAAGCAAUGCUUUGCUUAUUGUUCACUCUAUCCAAAAGAUUACGAUUUUUAUGAAUUUGAGUUAAUCCAGUUUUGGAUGGCUCAUGGUCUUCUUCAAUCCUCCAAUAAAAAUGAAUCUCCGGCUGAUAUUGGUAGGCAAUAUUUGAACGAUCUGUUGUCACGAUCUCUUUUUCAAGAUUGUGAUGGUGAACUUAUUUAUAAUAGAUUCAAAAUGCAUGAUCUUUUACAUGAUCUUGCAUCAUUAGUGGCAAAGAAUGACUGUUGUAUUGUAAACUCUUUCGAGCAAAAUAUUGCCCAAGGGAUUCGGCAUUUGUGCCUAAUUAACUCUUAUUUUCUGGAGGAAAAUGCUUCUAAAUUCCUUGAUAAAUUAGGACAUCUGCGUACACUUAGGUUACCAGAUAUGGGAAAUGGUCCUUCAAACAAAUCCUUUAUUGAAACAUGUCUCAAGAAGUUCCAACGUUUGCGGGUGCUUGAUCUUAGUGGGUCUACUCUCAAGGUAUUGCCCAAAAGGAUUGGUCAUUUGAAGCAUUUAAGGUAUCUCAACCUGUCCGGUAAUCCCAGCAUCAAGAAACUUCCACACUCCAUUUGUAAGUUGCAAAAUUUGCAAUCUCUGUUUCUUGGUGGUUGCAACCAAAUUGAAGAGCUGCCUAAGGAUGUGAGAUACAUGAUCAGUCUCAGAGUUUUAACAUUAACUACAAAACAACGGUUCUACAUGGAUUACAACACUUGA